UCCCUUAAAAAAUAGUUAAUAUGGCCUAAACACUGAAGUAGGUCUAUGGGCCUAAAGGUCUAAACUAAAAAAAAAAUUAGUUUUAAUACACAAUAUUUAUAAAGCAACUUCAAAAGUUAAUCAUCGUUUCACGCUAAACAUAAGAAUGAUAAAAUAAAUAUUAUGAAAUGAGUUUAAUGUAACUAAAGUAAAAAUGAAUAUAGAGCACGCAGCUAUAAACAUAUUGAAACGAGGAGUAGAAUUAGACACAAAGAAACGAUAUACGGAAGCAUUGGUGUGUUAUCAAGAAGGACUACAGAUUUUAGUCGAUAAAAUGAAAGGUGAACCUGAUGAAUCACUGAGGUCAUAUUUGAGGAAGAAAGUCGAGGAAUACAUGAAUAGAGCUGAGACAAUAAAAAAGUUAGUUUUGCAACAAAAGGAGGCCGGCCAAUUUCAUGAACAAAUCCAUAUAGAGAACAAUUCAAUAGGGCAUAGCUACAAAACACUUUUCGGGAGGUUCCUUGAUGAAGAUGUUCAAUUUGUGAUUGUCGAAGACCCAUACAUUAGGUAUCAUCAUCAGUGUCAAAAUUUUCUGAAGCUCUCGGAAUUAUUAGUAAGGUCAUGUCCGAAUCUUAGUUACAUUGAACUCGUUACAUCAAGUGAUGUAAAGUCAGCGAACGAUCAGAAGAAUUGUUUUCAUAUCUUACAAAAUGAUUUGGGAAGACAUAAAAUUAAAUUAACUGUCAAAUAUUCAGAAACCUUACAUGAUAGACAGAUUAUUUUGAGCUCCGGUUGGAUCAUCAAGAUCGGACGAGGUCUAGACUACUUCAAGGCUCCGGAGAACAAAUAUUGUCUAGGAGUGUUCGAAAUGGAUCUAAGACCCUGUUUGGAGACAACAGUAGAUAUAGUACACUCAAAGAAUGUGAGACAGAUUCAAAGUUAAACAAAAUUUUAGUUUCUAAAUCAAAAAAAGUAAUAAACCAAAAAAUUCUUGAAUAUAAAAACUUUGGAGGAACUUGAAAAACAAAAUUAAAACUGAAUAUUCUACAUUAAAUAUAGUUAAAACAAUAUUCUUGAAAUGGGAGCUCAAUUUAUAUUGGUUGUACUUGGCUGUAAAAAGCUGUGAUUUUAUAGUUAUACCGCACAUAUUAGCGAGAAAAGUUUAAUCAAGUUCAAUACAGUAGUGGUGCUAAAACGAACAAAACAUUAUGAUAUUUAUACGUAUAAGAAAAAAUUGUAUUUUGUUAUUUCUUGGUUUAUAAAAGAAUGUGAAAACUGGAAUUGUAAAAAAAAAUAGUAAUUAUACUUUUUUUUGUCUUCUGUAAUACGGUUCACCUGAUAGUGAGUGUUGACUGUCGCACAUGGACGACAGCAAUGUCUGGGGCACAGACUUUCUUUGAAGAAGGACAGCUUGCAAGGAUAGCGUUCAGGAAACACCAUAUAGGAGAAGUUCAUUCCAAAGCCGUUUGGUACGCGUUAAAAAAGAUUUCUCGAAACGCAUUGUGGAUGAACUCUGCUCCGAUGGCGAGCAGGGCGAUGGUAAAAAUCAGUGUGCUUAGUGCUAGUUUUUAACGGCGUUUUAACAGCGCCCCUAGCGACAAACGUACGCAAACAUUCCAACUCCAUACAAAUUUGCGUUAACUUUAACGCUAUCGAGAACGUUAAAAAGCUCACACUAAGCACACAGAUAAGGGUUCAUAUCAAACCACUUCUCAGAGCACACUGUCUAUGAAAUAUGAUUAAUUAUAAGAAUAAAUGAUGUUAGUUAAAAUAAAAUUAAAUAAAAAUUUUGAUAUUAUUAUGGAGAUUCAUAAAAUAAUUCGCACAUUUAUUAAUUUAAUUUCAUUUCUACCGGUGGUAGGACCUCUUCUGAGUCCGCGCGGGUAGGCACCACCGCCCUGCCUAUUUCUGCCGUGAAGCAGUAAUGCGUUUCGGUUUGAAGGGUGGGGCAGCCGUUGUAACUACAUAUAUUUGAGACCUUAGAACUUAUCGACGCUUGAAAGGCAAACGUGACUAAGCGACAAUGCGUGAACUUUAUAGUAGACUAAUUUAAAGUUGAAAUACCUGAAAACAAAAUUUAUUUUAACGAAUCUAACUGUAGUAGAAUCCAGCUGGUAGCUGUAGGAUUGAAAUGAUUUUAAUAGACCUAGAAAUAUUUUUUUUUUGCGCAUCGAAUAUGGUUAUUGCCUAUCAUUUAUGUACAAAGUAGUUAUUGUCGCUUAGUCACGUUUGCCUUUCAAGCGUCGUUAUAUUUCAAGGUGGGUGGCGCAUUUGCGUUGUGGCUCUCUAUGGGCUCCAGUAACCUUUUAAAACCAGGUGGGCUGUGAGCUCGUCCACCCAUGUAAGCAAUAAAAAAAAAAGAUGAGUGAAUAUGAUUUUUUUUUAACAAGAAUAUUUAUUAUCACCUAAAUGUCAGUGUAACUGUAAGAGUGUUUGUAAGACUGCACGUGUCGUUUCGUACGUACACUUAAUACGGUUUCGUAUUAGGGUGUAAGAAAAUACCGUAAAGUUAUUUAAGAUCAUUUCUAAGACACUUUUCAAGGUUAUGUUAACAUAUCAAUAAAACAUUUACUAUUUUUCUA